AUGUCUCUUAAGAGCUUUAUCGGGGUCUCCACGCUUGUAGGUGCGACGCUUGCCAGAGACGUCCCAUCGAAUAUUCGGAACCUCUACAACAAUAUCCAGGGCAGUGGGCAAUGCAGCUAUCCUUUAGCUACGGGGUUCUACAGUGAAUACAAUGACGAUAAUUCUUUCAGCUACUGUAGCGACCAUUUGGAAGACUCCAGGAUCAUCUACAUCCAAGGUGGUAACAGCCAGUUCGCCAACAUGGAUAUCGACUGCGACGGUACUCAGGGCGGCCCCGCUGACGACGGCCGAUGCGGAAACUCCGACGAUACCCAGUCAAUCACGUCUUUCGCCGACACCGUAAGGGAAUAUGGCAAGGGUAUCGAAGACUUGGAUGCCAAGAUCCACCCCUACGUCGUUUUCGGAAAUGUGGGCGACAAGCCCGGCUUUACAUCAUUCGACCCUCAAGAGUACGGCAUCCAACCAUUGAGCGUCAUGGCCGUCGUAUGUGGCGAUAAGCUGAUCUACGGAGUCUGGGGUGACGAGAACGGCGCCGACGGCGAGAAGUCCGUUGUUGGAGAGGCCUCGAUUUCGUUGGCUACGGCUUGCUUCGGAAAUGGGAUAACUGGAAACAAUGGACACGAUGAGAACGACGUGUUAUUCAUUGCUUUCACCGGUGACGAUGCUGUUCCUGGGGCGGAUGGAGCUAAGUGGGAUGCGCAGAACUUCGAGGAAUUCGAGGAGAGCAUUCAAAGCCUAGGCGAUGAGCUCAUCCAGCGUAUCCAGGCUUGA